AUGGGCAAGCAAGGACCUUGCUAUCACUGUGGAGUUACAAGCACUCCCCUUUGGCGCAAUGGGCCACCUGACAAGCCAGUACUUUGCAAUGCAUGUGGAUCUCGAUGGAGGACUAAGGGAACACUUGCAAAUUAUACACCUCUACAUGCUCGAGCCGAACCUGAUGAUUAUGAAGAUCAUAGGGUUUCCAGGGUGAAGAGCAUAUCUAUAAACAAAAACAAAGAAAUAAAACUGGUAAAAAGAAAGCAGAAUCCUGACAGUGUGAUGGUUGGAGGGGUUGCGGCUGAUUAUGCCCAUGGCUUCCGAAAGGUAACUGAUGAAGAUACAAGUAAUAGGUCCAGUUCUGGGUCUGCUGUGUCUAACUCUGAGAGCUGUGCACAAUUUGGCAGUGCAGAUGCAAGUGAUUUGACAGGUCCUGCUCAGUCAAUGGUAUGGGACUCAAUGGUUCCUUCUAGGAAAAGGACCUGUAUCGGUCGUCCUAAGCCAUCUCCUGUUGAAAAGCUUACAAAGGAUCUAUAUACUAUUUUACAUGAGCAACAGUCUUCCUCAAUAACACGAGAAGAGGAAUCUGAAGCUAGCUCCCUUUCAGUUGAUAACAAACAGUGCCACAUAAAUGAGGCUUAUUCCCAUCCUGCAACCCUUCUUGUACAUAAUAAUAAGGGUGUCAUUAUGACCAGUUCUGUAACUGGAAAGAUGAAUAACCUUGCAGGACAAGGGAUGCAACAAGAGCCACUGAAAAGGGAUAAGUCUCAGUAUGACAACUUCCAGAUCUUGGGAAACCAUAAUUCACCACUGUGUCAUGUAGAUUUAAAUGAUAUUUUAAAUUUUGAAGAGUUUACGAGGCAGUUGACAAAUGAGGAACAACAGCAAUUACUGAAACAUCUACCUCCCGUUGAUGUUGUUAAACUUCCUUAUAGCCUCAAAAGCAUGUUCGAUAGUCCUCAAUUCAGGGAGAAUUUGACUUCCUUUCAGCAACUGCUAGCAGAAGGGGUCUUUGAUAUCUCCUUUCUAGGGGCAAAAACUGAAGACUGUAAGACUUUGAAAAGGCUUGUAUUGUCCAAUUCUUCGAAAUCUAAAUGGGUUGAACGCUAUCAUCUUCUCAAGAAAUGUAAAACUAGCCCUGGAAAGUCUGUUAUUUCUGGGCCUAACGCCCUGGCAUCUAGUAAUUUCCGACAUGUCAAGAGACUGCGGGACAGCGAGACUCAAAGUUUUCCAGAUGUAAAGAUGAUGAUGAAGAGCCCCAAAAGGAUAAUCGUGAAGGGUAGCAAUGAAAACAAGGAUCUCAUGGACUAUGAUGGUUCUUGCUUUAGUCCAAGAAGCCUAUUCGCUUUGCCUGCAGAUGGUAGCUCUCUCUUGAUGGAAUCUAUGAAUUUUGUUGAUGAAAGUUCUGAUCAGGAUCUUCUACUGGAUUUGCCAUCCAAUGGAUCUUUCGCACAAGCAGAGCUUCUUCUCCCAGCCAUGAGUUUUGGUGCCCAACAGGCAAGCACUAGUAGUAGCUCAAUAUACCCACACGUACUCCAUCCGUGA